AUGGAACUUAUCAGAGAUCUUAAGAAAGCUAUGUGUGCAGAGUACGAUGAUGUCAAGAGAGAUCCUGUUGUCACACAUAUCAUGGCUAUUGCCGAAAAUGAUCUCAAGUUCUCUGGGAAACUAGUGGAUAGCUUCAUAUGUAGGCAGCUGAUUACCUCAAAGCUGCAUGAGAAGUGGUUUGUUUUUGCGAGGAUGCCUCUCCGGUUUUCGCUUCAGGAGUACCAUGCUGUGACAGGCCUCAAGAUUACACGGGAAACUAACAGUGACGUAGUGAAAUGGAAAAAUGACGGGGGUUUUUGGAGUAACCUACUGCACACAGGUGGUAAGAUCACCUUGCAGUCGAUCAGAAAGGUUCAUCUACAAGAAGUUCACACUUGGACGCGGCUUGAUAGGAUGAGGUUGAUCUACUUGUGUGUAAUAGUGGGUGUGGUGAUGGGGAGAGAUGAGAAGGUGUCCAUCCCUCAUAUGUACAUCAAGUUGGUGAUGGAUUUUGACAAGGUUCGGAAGUUCCAUUGGGGUCUUCACUCGUAUGAUUUCCUGCUGAGUUCGAUUGAGAAGGCUGGGAAGAAGUUGGGUAAGAAGGAGAGCUACAUUUUCGAGGGUUUCUCCUAUGCUCUCCAGAUUUGGAUUAUGGAGGCAAUUCCUGAUUUUGGAGAAAUAUUAGGCAGAAGAGUCUCAGACAGCUUCAAAGGUCCAAGGUGUGGCAAUUGGAAAGGAGUUGCAAAAGUUUCUUAUGAAGACAUCAUUGACCUCGAGGACUCCUUAAUUAAGAAGGAUAACUUGUUCCGGAAGGGUGAGAUGGAAGAUGAACGAGUGGACCUUCUUUUGGAGAGGAUCAGGAACAAGUAUGAUUGGAGCAGCACAGACUGGCCAGUUUUAGACCCUGAAGAAACUAAAAUGGAGGAACCCGACUGCCAUGAUAGAGGGUCAGAAGCUGAUAAGAGCGUGGAUCAUACGGAUGUUGUACCAGACGAGGAGACCUCUUCGGUUAAGGUUGCAGGAAAAGGCAAGAGAAAGUUUCUUGAUGAAGGAGCAGAGACAAGAAAGAAGAAGGUGCUGUGUAAGCGAUCAGCAGAAAAUAUGCAAAUGGCGAAUAUGGAGAGGGUGUUUACAGAGAGGAUGGGGAAGAUGGAGAUUGAUGUUUCACAGCUCAGGGACGCAAUCAGUUUGACUGGUGAAGGAAACUAUCCUAGCAAGAAAGAAGCUGAAGAAGCUCCACUAAACAGCAAAGCCAAGCAAGCUCCACCUAAGAGCAAAGGCGCUCAAGCUCCACCUAAGAGCAAAGGCGCUCAAGCUCCACCUAAGCGCAAUGGCGAUCAACCUACUCCAACAAAAAAGGAUGGAAAAAAUAUUGCUACAGAAACUAAUGAUUUUGAUUUCGGAUUGAGUACACAAGACUUGCGGGACCUGUCCCAAGCUACAUUUGCUGAGGAUGGCUCCACUGCAGUGGAUGAUGAGCAAAUAGAUCGAACCAAAGAAGACUCGCCAGAUGCCGCGUUGGUGUUUUUCCGUGAAGAGGAUUGGGAAAAAUUUAGAACUUGGUCAACUUCCUCCACACGUCUACGGAUUGGACCUGCCACUUUAGAUUUUGAGAUUGCUAAUCGUCUUAUGGAUAAAUCUGAGUGGGUUGAUAGCUUGGAGAUUGACGCCGCAAUGUACGUAUUCCGGGAGAGAACAUCUUUGAAACGAUGGAGACCUCAUCGUGUCGCCUUCAUGACUGUCGUCUUCAGCAAUAUGAUUAAAAAAGAGUAUGGUCAUUUAGAAGCUCAGGGUAGAAAGAGCUACAUGCUUCAUAAUUUUCUACUGCAGUACGGUAAAGGGGUCCUUCCACCACAUGGCAGGACACAUGAGAUAUGGAAUAUAGAUGUGGAUCGGCUGUAUGUCCCUGUUCAUGUCAGUGGGAAUCAUUGGAUCGCCUUGUGCAUCAGUUUCGUGACGAGGAGCAUUGAUGUGUUCGACUGCUCGGGUAGGAAAAGGUACAAGGAGGUGGAUGGGUUCGCAAACCUUAUUCCGCGUAUUGUCAAGGCAGUUCAGCCUAUGAGACACCAGAAGGAUUUCGCAGUCGGUGCAUAUACUGUUUCCUAUGUCCCCGUUGGGAAUCUGAUUAAAAGUGCAUGUGACUGUGGCGUCUAUGCAGUGAAGUUCAUUGAGUGCCAUGCGCUUGGAUUGGAGUUGUCGUUGUUGCAUGAUGGUAACAUUAUCGAAGCUCGCCAUAGGAUUUUAUGGGAUCUUUGGGAAGCAGCUAAUGAUCCGGAAUUGAUUGACAGGAUGUCAAAGUAUCAAUCCCCAGAGUUUCUCUCUUCGACUGUAGAGGAGAUUCUGUGA